UUUGGGAUUUUGGCGAUGGCGCCCGGGCAGGAGGUCGAUGCCGCCGGCGCUCGGUCCGCUCCUUUCCCAGCGAGCUGGACGAGCGAGCGCUUCGAUCCCGCGCGGGUGGAGCAAAUCUACAGGAUGGAGCUCGCGUCGGCUGAAGGUAGCAAAUCCGUGCCACUCCAGAGGGUUGCAUUGCUCGAGAUUGGCCAGUAUUUGGAGAACUAUCUGUGGCCGCAUUUCGAUCACCAGGCCGCCUCAUUCGAGCAUGUCAUGUCGAUUGUGUUGAUGGUGAAUGAGAAGUUUCGAGAAAAUGUGCCCGCCUGGAAUUGUUUCCAUGGGAGAAAACAAGUUUUUUCACUGUUCUUGCACCGGGUUUUCACCCUCCAGGGAGAGCGGUCUCUAAAUCUGAAAGAGAAGACAAACUACUUGCUUUUUCUUAUACACAGUUUCCAGAGCUUGGAAGAUCCCUUGGUGGCGGACUCGGUUCUACGACUGGUCUCAAUGGAGCUUUGGCACAGCUUGUCUCCUGGUCGUGUAAAGCUGGAGCUCUUUCACGACGAAAAGCUUCUUAAGCCAUGGCUGAAGCUGCAGAAGAAAGCUGCAGCCAGCUCUGCAAAUAUCCAGGAAAAACUGGAAGUACGUUUUCUGCCAUCUUUGAUGAAAGAUUUUCUUCAGGUUCUCGAUGGUGCUGUUGUGGGAAGUGAGGCUGACGCAUCGGCUGUUCUGUUUUGUGAGCGCUUUGUAGAGUUUUUAAUUGAUCUUCUUAGCCAGAUGCCAACACGGAGAUUUGGAAAAGCUGUUGUCAAUGAUCUGGCGGUUGUUGUAAAAUGCAAGUUGAGUCCUUUGCACGAACAUCCUCAAGGAGCGCUCUUCCGGAAACUCGUGGAGUUACUUCAGUUCUAUGCUGAUUUUGAGCUUGACGAUCAGAAAGGUCUCGAAGUUAACGUCUUGAAGAGGCACUGCAAUUUUAUUCACUCGUUUCAACUCUUAGCAUUUAACCAGGAGCCGAAGCUUAAAGAGAUGGCACUGUCGAAUGUCGGGGCGUUGAACAAUCGCAAGGAAUUGACGAAGUGGUUAUCGAAGCUGAGCGUUCAAGAAUUAAAAGAUUUGGUCUGCAACAAGUUGAUGCUAAUUCCGGCAUCAGAUACUUGGGCAGACAGGGUGGAUUUCCUAAAAGAAGUUCUAAUCUCAGCCUUUGAGAAACGCCAAUCUCAGAGGGAUUUCAUCAAUGGUCUUCCACUUUAUCCUACCGAGACCGUGAUGUGGGAUGAAAGUUUGGUGCCAAGCGUCAACUACACCGGCGAGGCAAGCCUGGCGCUUCACAAGCUAAACUUGCAGUUCCUGACGCUCAACGAUUACCUUUUGCGGAACUUCCACCUGUUUCGGCUAGAGUCUACUUACGAGAUCAGAGAGAACAUCCAGGAAGUGUUGGAGAAAGUUGCAGCGUCUGUCGGUGACGAGGGCCGCACAAAGUUUCGGGGCUGGGCUCGGAUGGCAACUCCGGUCAAGUCAUUCAAGAUAACUCAAGUGAAAGAGCCGAAUAUUGGUGACAUCAAGCCGUCAUCCGUGACUGCCGAGGUUACGUUCAGCAUAGCGAGGUGUGAUCCGCAGCUAAGAGCCGAGUGGGAUGACUUGAAGGAGCAUGACGUUCUGUUUCUACUCACAGUGAUGCCGCAUUUGAAGCCACCAUCGUCCGAGAUAGCUCAGCACAUGACUGUGCCGGAGAAAUACGGGCUCAAGUACGUACGAGGAUGUGAAAUCGUGGAGAUUCGUGAUGAAGUAAACCAUCUAAUGAACGACUUCACUGGGCGGGUCAAGAGGGAAGAAUGGAAACCUCCACAAGGGGACCAACGGACAGUUGUUUUAGCUCUGGACUGUGCACAAUACCAGAUUGAUAUGGACGCAAAGGCUGAAGGUGAAGAAGACCCGUACAGCUCCUUCAAUCUUCUUAUGAGAAGGAAGCCGAAAGAGAACAACUUCAAAGCUAUUUUGGAGUCCAUCCGGGACCUCACCAACGAGGAUUGCAUAGUUCCGGACUGGCUUCAGGACUUGGUUCUGGGAUAUUUCAAUCCAGUGAAGCUGCAGAAGCACAAGCAGCUUCAUACCGUAGACUUCAAGGAUACUUUUUUGGAUGCACAGCACCUGCGUGAAAGUUUCCCUGGCGAGGUUAAGUUUGUGACUCCGGAUGGCGACGUUGACGAAUCUCCAGCACCACCAUUCCGUGUAACGUUCCCCAAGUUGAACACCAAGACAGCCAUCGAGGAGAUUGCAGAUGGAAACGAUACCAAAGUUAAGCGAAGCAGAAAAAGGAAAGCCUCGUCUGGAAAUGGCACCACAGACAGUGAAACUGCAGUUCAGGAGGCUAUCAUUGUGGAGAGCUACGUGCCUCCGGAUCCAGGUCCAUAUCCACAAGACCAGCCAAAGCAGAAUUCCGUUAGAUUCACACCAGUCCAGAUUGAAGCUAUCAAGUCGGGUGUGCAACCGGGGUUGACGAUGGUCGUAGGACCACCCGGUACAGGAAAAACUGAUACGGCCGUGCAAAUCUUGAACGUGCUAUAUCAUAAUUGUCCAUCGCAGAGGACACUCCUCAUAACGCAUUCUAAUCAAGCUCUGAACGAUCUCUUUGAAAAGAUCAUGCAGCGAGAUGUUCCGGCUCGGUACUUGCUACGUCUGGGUCAGGGUGAGCAGGAACUCGAAACCGAGCUUGACUUUAGUCGUCAGGGGCGAGUAAAUGCCAUGUUGACACGGCGUUUGGAACUUCUAGCAGAAGUAGAGCGCCUAGCGAGAACUUUGAGCGUGCCAGAUGAUGUGGCCUACACUUGCGAGACUGCCGCUCACUUUUGGCUCCUCCAUGUCCUGGCACGGUGGGAGGAAUUUGUUGCCGCUUGCGAGGCUACAGAGGACAAUCCAGGCAUCGUCAUGGAGAAGUUUCCUUUCAUGGACUUCUUUUCAGACACUCCCCACCUGCUUUUCUCCGGGCUAUCAUACGCAGAAGACAUGCGUGCUGCAACUGGCUGCUUCAAGCACUUGAAGACGAUGUUCCAAGAGCUCGAGGAGUGUCGAGCCUUUGAGCUGCUCAAGACAACAGCCGACAGAGCAAACUAUCUCAUGACGAAGCAGGCAAAGAUCGUGGCCAUGACUUGUACUCAUGCGGCACUCAAGAGGCGUGACUUCCUGCGGAUUGGUUUCAAGUAUGACAACCUCUUGAUGGAAGAAAGUGCUCAGAUUCUGGAGAUCGAGACGUUUAUCCCGAUGCUGCUGCAAAGACAAGAGGACGGACGAGCCAGGUUGAAGAGGUGUAUCUUGAUCGGUGAUCAUCACCAGCUGCCUCCAGUCGUGAAGAACAUGGCGUACCAAAAGUUUAGCCACCUCGAUCAGAGCUUAUUCGCAAGGUUCGUACGCCUGGGAGUGCCUCAUGUGGAGCUCAACGCACAGGGAAGGGCCAGGCCAAGCAUCGCUAAGCUCUACAACUGGAGAUACAAAGACUUGGGUGACUUGCCAGACGUACAGGAGGAGCAGUCCUUUCUUCUUGGGAAUGCUGGCUUCGCGUAUGACUACCAGCUUAUCGACGUGCCUGACUACCUCGGACGAGGGGAGAAAGAACCAAGUCACUGGUUCUAUCAGAAUCUGGGCGAGGCAGAGUACGUGGUGAGCGUCUACCAGUACAUGCGACUUCUGGGAUACCCUGCCAACAAAAUCUCCAUCCUGACGACUUACAACGGGCAGAAGCACUUGAUUCGGGACGUGAUCGAGAGCAGAUGCGCCAAGCAUCCACUCUUUGGCCGUCCGAGCAAGGUAACAACGGCUGACAGGUUUCAAGGCCAGCAGAACGACUACGUACUACUGUCUCUCGUUCGCACUCGCGUCGUCGGGCAUUUGCGUGACGUGAGAAGGCUGGUUGUGGCCAUGUCGCGAGCAAGGCUGGGGCUCUACGUCUUUUGCCGGCGUUCGCUCUUCGAGCAGUGUUAUGAGCUGCGGCCAACGUUCCAAAAGCUGCUCCAGCGCCCGGACAAGCUGGCUCUGGUGCUAGACGAGAGCGUGCAUCCAACAUCCCGGCGUGUGGAGGAGACUGGCAACGCAUACCUCGUGCAAAAUGGGGUACAGGAAAUGGCUGAGAUUGUCAACAACAAGUUCAUGCAGAUGUAUGGAGCUGGUACAGUUUUGAAGCAAUUGGAAGCCCCAACAAAUAAUCCAGCGCAAGGAGAGAUUGAAGAGGAUGGAAAUCCUAUAAGCCAAAUGGUGGUGGAUGAAAAUCCAAGGGAGACCGUGGUGGAUCAAAGUGGAGUGGAUGAAAAUCCAAGGGAUCCCAUGGAAAUGUAGUAUGUGCACAAAACCUUUUCCUAGUGACAAAAAAAAAGUUAAGCUUUUAAAUGGAUUAAAUAUAAUAUUCUUAAUCUGGUUUGUGA